GUCGGAUACCCACGACUAAUUCAUUCCGUUACUCUCCAGCAUUAGCCGUGGGACAAUAUAACCAAUACACGCCGUUUUGACCUUAACUGUAACCUCUCAGUAGACCAAUGAAAUCGCAGUUUACAAAAAGAAUACUCUUCGCUUUGGAGGUAUCAAUGCUUCGCCUACAACAACAAUGGCGGCUGCCAUAGGAAACAAAUGUGUGUUUUGUUUUCAAGUAAUAAAAGGUAAAAAUUACAGAAAUCUAACAUCGAACGAAUCUUUAAAUGACUUUGGCAUUAUUCUAAAACAAAUUAAUUUAGAGGAAACUGGAAACGCGUGCAAUGUUUGUGUUAAUAAGCUAAAUAGACUUCGAUCAUUUGACAAAAAAAUAGAGUGCCUGGAAAUCGAAAAAAGUGAACUUCUACAAACAAUAAAAUCCCUGCCAGGGGCGGUUGCGAAAAGCAAAGGUGGCAAUGUUACGCCACAUGGUUCAAAGAAAGUGAAACGUGCUCUUGAGUCUUCACCUUCAGGUUUGACUCCCAAGAGCAAAAGGACGCUAUUUAGAACACCAAGAAAACCAACCGUAUUCGCUACUAGUACUACCGGCGAAAAAUCACUGAAGGUAGAUGCAUCAACGAGUACAUGUACCAACACACUUCCGACUAGAAGAAAGUUUGAUGUCAAGGUAACAGUGAUGUAUAAUUCAACUGAAAGAUGUAAAAUCAUAACUGAUAGUGCAGAACAGACUGCAAUCAAAGCCAUGAUGAAUGGAAAAGGACCAGAAACAGUAUUGAAACAGCUGUCAAAAUGUAGUAAAUACAGGUCAGCAAUGGCAAAAUGUGUUAGCAAGGACAUAAUACAAGAAGUGUCAAAAUUGUCAAAGCGUUCAGAAAGUGACUUUAAAGUGAAUUCUGAAAACGAUCUAAUGAACUUUAAGUGGGAAGAUCAAGCCAAAAUGAUCAGAACAAAAGUUCCAACUCUAGCAGCUAUCAUCAGCUGUGUUAUUGGUGAAAAGCAAAAAAGCAUGGCUCGAUUUGUUGUUGCUGUUGGUGUGAUGUUGUAUGCCAGAUGUCAGCUGCUGAAUCUUCUUCAGUUCGUUCUUGGUCUAGUGCUAGACAGUUGUGGCUUGAACAAAGAGGGAUUAAAUAUUAUGCAUGACUUGGGCUUGGUUGUGUCAUACACAAGUGUACAUAAGAAAAGGAAGGACCUUGUGAAGAAACAGAAGGUAAAUAUCGACCAAGUAAUUACACGUUUUGUGGAACGGGGUCAACUUAAUGGGUCUGACAAUAGGCACAAAACCAUUGAAGUACUUGGGGACAAUUUAGAUAUCACCAUAGCACCCACACACAUGACAAAGGACAAUCAAAGAAAGAGUCUACAUUGGUUUUUAACCAUGGUGAAACAAAGAAGGGUGACAUAUGAAGACCUACACAUAGAAGGUCCAGUUCCAGAACAACCAUGUGUGACAAUGAUUCCAUCAUAUAAAUGGCUUCCGUCAGAGGAAAACAUGAAAAGUGUUCUUCAUAACUUCAAGUUCCAUGUUGCUUGUGUGUUAAUGAAGUAUGUUGAUGUAUUUAAACCUCUGAUUGAUUCAUAUCCUGAAUACAUUUCACAUCCAUUCUUAGAAUUCACAAAACAAAAGUCUGUUAUUCUGAAUACCAAUCUUAUAGAUGAGAGUGAAAAUUCAACUCAAGGGAUGAUAAAAAUUUUACAAGAUGUACAGGACAUGACUGUGCCUGUAGUAGAUGGAAAUAUAAUACAAAGGGUUGUAUUUGGGGGAGAUGUACUCACAAAUGAAAGGGCAUUUUCUGCCCAACAAGCCAUGCAGAACAACUCCACUGAUCGUGAUCGACUGUUUGGUAUGAUACAUCGGCCUGAAGGUCUCCACCAGCAGUUCAACUUCCUACUCUGUAUUUAUCAGCUCUUCUACAAGGCAAGCAGCUCUAUGGACACAGGCUCCAUGUACCAGCUACGCAACCUGAUUAACCGCAGAGAUGUGACAGGACCAGACGAUGUUGUGCAAAAAUUUCGGCCACAUCAGCAGUUCCUUGAGGAUGUUACAGACAGCUACAUUGUUGCAGCCUGCCUUGAUGUUAUGGAAGAAGGCUGCUCAAACAAAAACAAUAUCGAGUUUGUAGAAAAAAUAUCGCAGAAGGUUAUGGACUGUUUUAAUCUUGGUGUUACUGAGAAUUCAAAAUCUCAUGAGAACGUCCAGAACAGCAAAGUCAAAGAGUACAAGGCCUGA